UGGGUGCCCUGCCCCGGAGCCACCGGCCACCAGCAGGACCCACUCUCUUCAUGGAAAGCCCCGUGCAGUGGCCCCCUGGUGAUGGCAUCCGACAGUGAUGUGAAGAUGCUGCUGAACUUUGUGAACCUGGCCUCCAGCGACAUCAAAGCGGCCCUGGACAAGUCGGCGCCCUGCCGCCGCUCCGUGGACCACCGCAAGUACCUGCAGAAGCAGCUCAAACGCUUCUCCCAGAAGUACUCCCGGCUCCCGCGGGGCCACCCGGGCCGAGCGGCCGAGCCCCACCUGAAAAGGGGUCCUGAGGACCGGCCCUCGAGGCUGUCCUUCGACGGCCAGGAUCCCAGCCCCGGCGGGGGUGGGGGCUGCAAGGAGAAGGCUCUGGGGAACCUUGGAAGGGAGGAAUUUCUGUCCGGGGAGCAGGAGCAGACACUGCAGGGGCAGAACCCAGAAGCCGCCCAGCCUGGCCAGGUGCCCAUGAGGAAAAGACAGCUGCCCGCUUCCUUCUGGGAGGAGCCUCGGCCCGCCCACAGCUUCCCCAUGGGGCUGGAGGGGGGCCUGGGCCCCAGGGAGGGGCCUCCCUAUGAGGGUAAGAAAACGUGCCAGGGCUUGGAGCCCUUGGGGCCCGAGAUGGCCCCGGUGCCCCUCUCCCCAAGGGCACUGGUGGAGAAGGAGCCUCUCAAAAUGCCUGGGGUCUCCCUGAUGGGCCGAGUCAACGCCUGGAGCUGCUGCCCCUUCCAGUACCAUGGACAGCCCAUAUACCCAGGCCCUCCGGGGGCACUGCUGCAGGGCUCCAUGCCCAGCCUGGGCCUGUGGAGGACAAGCCCAGCCUCCCCGGGGGAGCUGGCCCCCUUCUGUAAGGAUGUGGAUAGCCUGGGGCAAAAGGUAUACCGCCCUGUGGUCCUGAAGCCCAUACCCACCAAGCCGGCCGUACCCCCGCCCAUCUUCAAUGUCUUUGGCUACCUCUAG